CUGGGCGGCCGUUCUUCAGGCUGCGAUAGGCCUCUUCCGCUUCUCAUUCUCUUGCCAGAAUUUCUUUCCAGCCCCUAAAGAAUGAGCAAGAUCGAAAGGGGAAUGUUCUCUGUACUGUAUUUCGCUUUAAGGGACAUUUAGGGCUUGGCGUGUGUAAUCGAAUGUGGGCUGGGUCUUCCUGUAGCAUUUGGGUUGAACUCAGACUUCCAUAUCGUGGGGUGAGGGGAGAAGCGGCACUGCCUCGUCCAAAAGAGGUAGUGACGUGGUGACAAUACUUACACCAUGCGUGAAUAUAAACUAGUAGUACUUGGUUCAGGAGGUGUUGGAAAAUCUGCACUGACAGUGCAGUUUGUUCAAGGAAUAUUUGUUGAAAAAUAUGAUCCUACGAUAGAAGACUCCUACAGAAAGCAAGUUGAAGUAGAUGCACAACAAUGUAUGCUUGAAAUCUUAGACACAGCAGGAACGGAACAGUUUACAGCCAUGAGAGACCUCUACAUGAAAAAUGGUCAAGGAUUUGCUUUAGUAUAUUCCAUUACAGCACAGUCUACAUUUAAUGAUUUGCAGGAUCUAAGAGAACAGAUUCUUCGAGUCAAAGACACUGAUGAUGUACCAAUGAUUCUGGUUGGCAACAAGUGCGAUUUGGAAGAUGAAAGAGUUGUGGGAAAAGAACAAGGACAGAACUUAGCAAGGCAAUGGAAUAACUGUGCAUUCUUAGAGUCUUCUGCAAAAUCAAAGAUAAAUGUUAAUGAGAUCUUUUAUGACCUUGUGCGGCAAAUUAACAGAAAAACUCCUGUGCCUGGAAAAGCACGCAAAAAGUCAUCAUGUCAGCUACUUUAAUACAUAUGUAUACUGUAGCACUGAGCCAGGUCUGAAGAACUGUUGCUGACUACAACAGUGCCAGCAUUCCAACUUUAUUAAACCUACCAACAUCUUAAAUGGACUUUCCUGUGGUGGUACCCUUACGAAAUGGAUGACAGCUACUACAUCAGUUUGCACAUUCUAAUCACUUUUCAGUGUCACGAGAGAUUUUUACUUAUAAAUUAAGUGUAUGCAACUGGUAAAACCAGAGCCUACAUCCAGUAUUACUGAUAAGAGACAUUGUUCAUCCACCAAUGUUGUACAUGUAUGAUAACUGUACUGUAUACUGCAACAAACCCCAUACUUCCUAUUGGAGAGUACAAUAAUGUAAAUCCUAAAAGCACCACUAUUUUAGCAUAAUAAAAGAAAGUCCAAAGAGCUCCUAUAUAGACUACUCCAGAUAACUUUGCUUCAUCGGUAUUUGUAGCUUAUUGUAACUUUUUUAAAAGAAAUACAGGAUCAUCAUUGUAUUGUACAAAAGCGCUUUGAUUAACACAACAGCUAUAUAGUUUUUUAAUUUUAGGAUAAAAACCUGUGGAGACAGUGAUCUAGUCUUUAAAAUGAGUCCUUUCAGUAUAAUGUCUGCCUGAAGACAUUGCCUUUAAUAUCUGUUGGGAAGGAAAUGUCCAGAUUUUUCAACCUUUUAUUGUAUGUUUCCUUUUCCUUGUUUACAUAGGGAACAAUGUUUAUAGUUGUGUGUACAGUGGGGGUCUACAACAAGAAGUGUAUAUUUUAAAACAAUUUUUUAAUGAUUUAACAAUUUUUUGUAAAUCAUUUUUGAGCUUCUGCAGCUGUAGAUUCUCACUGUGAAUUUCCUUGCUUGCUCAUGCAUAAGUGUAUUUGCAAUACCAAAUAUACAGGUUUAGUACUUUUGCCUGUUAGUGAUUGUUUUACAUGUGUAACGUUUUGGUUGAGAUGUUAAAUGGUGGACGAGUACUGUGGAUGUGAAUGUGGGAAGUAAUUUUAAUCAUGUGUAAUUGGUCCCAGGGCCUAAGUUCCAGUAAUUACAUUUUUGCUGAUUUAUUUAACAAUGCCUUGUUGCUUUGUAUGCAUUAACGUUUGGGUGUAAAGAUUGCGUGUAAAAUCCAACAGGGAGCCACAGUAUUUAAAUUGACCAACCUAAUGUUACAACUGCUUUGAGGUGGCCAAAUGUAAACUUAAAAGCCUUAAUUAAAAGUGGUGCAAUUUUGUAUGACUUAGCAUCAGUAGUUCAAUAAAUUUGGAUUGCCAUGCAAGGGCUUGCAUUACAA